AUGUCUAGAUACGGAAAGUUUGACGACUUCUGCCGCGACACAGGCUCGAACUGGAGCACAUUACCUGUCUGCUAUCUCUUCAACCCAGCUUCGACAAAAGACGAUAACGGAUGGCAAGAUGGCUGCAUUCUACAGGGCUUCCCCGUUGGUGGAGGUGAAAGACUGCACAAUCUGGGCUCCAUAUUAAUCUGCGGCAUCGCAAUCCUCGCCUCGCUGUUCCUGCUAUGGAGAUCGCAAAGAAAGAAGGCCGCUGUUGGGCGCAGAGAAAUGCAGCUCUUCCUCCUCGGAUACAUCGUCAUCUCCAUCUGCGAGAUCUUCACCAUUGGCGGAUUCCCCCUCAAUUCCACUGUGCGCAUUGUUUUUGUCGCUAUCCACAUCGCCGCAAUCACCGCUACAUCCUGGAUCCUCAUGCUCAACGGCGCCGUGGGUUACCAACUACUUGACGACGGCACGGCAGUCUCUAUCGGUCUGCUCUUGAUCUCGUCGAUCGUAAUCUUUAUCGGUACCGGCUACAUUGCCCUCGACACUGGACUCAGCUGGACGGGUUACUGGGACGAGACGCGCUUCCUGCCCAACCAGGCCUACGCGCUAUACACCCUCUACCAGCUCGUUCCGUUGGUCUUCAUCGUCAUCUUCUUCCUCCUGGAAGCUUUCCUGGUGCUGCGUGUUCUCGGCGAGCGCAAGCCAAUGCUCUAUCUCCUCGCAGCAGGCCUUCUAUUCGCCAUCGGUCAAAUCUUCCAAUAUGUCAUCAGCGUUCACAUCUGCAACGGCACCGACGGAAAGAUCAACGGAGGUCUAUUCUCGACCCUCUUCACCCUCCUAUCGGUAGUAAUGAUUUGGGUGUUCUGGUCGAGCAUCACCGAAGACGACUGGCCCAUGCCAACUGUCGCUGGCUCAGGCGCAUAUAAUUAG